AUCAUUACGGGCCUUUUCCCGAAUAGUGCCGUGUGCAUGGGAGCUUGGUCACUGGCAGUGUAGUAGUCUCCUCGCUGGAGCCUCUGCUACACUCCAACUCCAGAGUCCAGACCCACCCACCCGCCAUUAAUUUCCACAAAACGCGAAUCUCAACGCGCAGAACAAAGGCUUUGCACUUCCCCCGCACUGAACCCAACCAGACCCAACCCCGCAGAUGUUUAAUCGACCGCGAUUUUUGUGCUGAGAAAAAAAUAGCGCCGAGGAAAUAUUGGGGCUCGGCUCGGCUCACCACCCCCCACCCCCACCGCAUCUCAGGCUCACCUCACUCCUCGGGCCAGUGGUCAGUGGAGCUGCUGCUCUGCUCUGCUCCCGGCGGCGCGGCGAGAUGCGGGGGCAGGGGCAGAUCUCCCGCCGGCUGGUCGUCCUUGUAGUGGUGGCCGGGCUGCUGCUGGCGCCGGCCGCUGCCGUGGACGUCCAGGCGGUGCUCGCGCCGUUCCCCGACCUCGCCGGCUUCGCGCGCCUGCUCGCGUCCAGCCCCGUGGCCCGGGAGCUGGCCGGGCGGUCCUCACUGACGCUGCUCGCCGUGCCCAACGCCGACCUCCCGCAGUCGCCCUCGGCGUUCGCGGCCGCCGCGGGCGCCGACCUCGCCGACGUGCUCCGCUACCACGUCCUCCUCGAGUACCUCUCCCCCGCCGACCUCCGCCGCCUCCCGGCCACCGGGAAGCUGGUCACCACGCUGUUCCAGACCACCGGCCGCGCCUCCGCCGACCUCGGCGCCGUCAACGUCACGGCCGCCGGGCCCAGCCUGGGCGUCGUUCGCUCGCCGGCGCCCUUCCCCGGGUCCAACGCCACCGUGCUCGGCUCCGUCACCUCCGUGCCGUACAACCUGAGCGUGCUGGCCGUGGACGGGCUCAUCGUGCCCUCCGGCUUCGACCUGGCGGCGUCCGAGUCCCGGCCCCCCGCCGCCGUCAACAUCACCCGCGUCCUCGCCGACGCGCGCGGGUUCAACGUGGCGGCGUCCAUGCUGGAGGCGUCCGGCGUGGCGGAGGAGUUCGAGGGCGACGAGCGCGGCGCGGGCAUCACGGUGUUCGUCCCCACCGACGACGCCUUCGCCAGCCUCCCCGCCGGCGACCGGCUCCAGUCCCUCCCCGCCGACCGCAAGGCGGUGGUGCUCCGCUUCCACGUCCUCCACUCCUACUACCCGCUGGGGUCGCUGGAGUCGAUCGUGAACCCGCUGCAGCCGACCCUGGCCACCGAGUACGCCAGCCAGGCCGGCCGCUUCACCCUCAACAUCACCCGCUCCAACGGCUCCGUGGCCAUCGACACCGGCGUCGUGCAGGCCACCAUCACGCGCACCGUCUUCGACCAGAACCCCGUGGCCGUCUUCGCCGUCUCCAAGGUGCUCCUCCCCAAGGAGAUGUUCACCAGGGCCGACUCGGCCGCCGUCGUCGCGGCGGCCCUGCCGCCCCCGCCGGCCGCCUCGAACUCGAUGCCGCCGGAGCCGCCCGAGAGCGCGCGGAGGCCGCCGACGAAGCUGUCCUCGCCGCCCGCGCUGCGCGGCGGGGCCAGGAACGACACUGCGGUUUCGCCGCCGUCGUCGUCGACGGCAAAGGCAACAGCAAUUGGGCGGUGGUGUAUAGAAUUGUUGUAUGUACUACCAGUACUGCUGCCUCUGGUAUGAGAUCCGGUGGUGAGCUAGUCGUCCAUUGCCGUCUCCUUGCUGAGCUCAAUUCUUUUUUGCCUUGCUUUUGUUACAAUUGUUUCUUCUUUGUUGCUCCUACUAGUAUAUUACUAGGAGUAAACCUGUACACAAUGGGUUUGAAAAGGUGGGGAGAAGGUAGAUGACUCGAGGUGAAGAAGAUUGAGCUGCAAAGCAAAGCAGCGUUCUUUUCA